GCCUGGCAGUUGUUUGCAGGCAGGGCGAGGCGGCGGGCGCGCGUGUGAGGGGCUUCGGCGCUCUGUCUCCAGCGGCAGCAUGGGCAGCAGCAGCAGCUGACAGGCAGCAGCGCCGCGCAGCCGGACCCGCCGGGGAGAGCGGAGCGGAAAAGUUCCUGCCGCCGCUGCCGAGGGGGAACUUUGCGCGGGGCGCUGAGCCAUGCCCGCCGUGAGCCUGUUGCCGCUGUUCGGCAGCCCCGCGGGGCCCGGCGCGCUGGGCGGCCCGCUGGGCGGCGGCCCGGGCGGCGGCAGGAAGGCGUCGGGCCCCAGCGCGUUCCGGCUGACGGAGAAGUUCGUGCUGCUGCUGGUGUUCAGCGCCUUCAUCACCCUCUGCUUCGGGGCCAUCUUCUUCCUGCCCGACUCCUCCAAGCUGCUCAGCGGCGUCUUCUUCCACUCGCCCGCCGCCCUGCAGCCGCCGCCGCCGCCCCCGCCGCCGCCCGGAGGGGAGCAGCGCGCCCCGCCGCCCGGAGCCGGCCCCGCCGCCGGGAGCAGCAGCGCCGGGGAGGCGGCCGCGGAGAACUUGGCCAAGAUCCGCGAGGAUCACGAGCGGGCUCUGCGCGAGGCCAAGGAGACGCUGCAGAAGCUGCCCGAGGAGAUCCGCCGGGACAUCCGCCAGGACAAGGAGAAACUUCUCCAGGACAGGCGCGGCAGGAAGGAGGCGGGGGCCGCCGGGCUGCCCAGCCUGCUCUUCCGCAAGCCCGUCGGGGCCGUGGGGCGGGAGCCGGCGGACCCUGAUGUCCAGCAGAAACGGGCCAAGAUUAAAGAGAUGAUGAAACAUUCCUGGGAUAAUUAUAAGCGUUACGCUUGGGGAUUAAAUGAACUGAAACCCAUAUCUAAGCAAGGACAUUCAAGCAAUUUAUUUGGUAACAUUCAAGGAGCAACAAUAGUAGAUGCCUUGGAUACACUGUAUAUCAUGGAAAUGAAAGAUGAAUUCAAGGAAGCCAAGGAAUGGGUAGAAAAAAACUUAGAUUUCAAUGUGAAUGCAGAAAUUUCAGUUUUUGAAGUGAACAUCCGUUUUGUUGGUGGACUGCUUUCAGCAUAUUAUCUUUCCGGAGAAGAGAUAUUUCGAAAGAAAGCAGUGGAACUUGGAGAAAAGUUGCUCCCAGCGUUUAACACUCCCACUGGAAUACCUUGGGCAUUGCUUAAUAUUAAGAGUGGGAUUGGUCGAAACUGGCCCUGGGCUUCUGGAGGAAGCAGUAUUCUGGCAGAAUUUGGAACUCUGCAUUUGGAGUUCAUACAUUUGAGCCAUUUGUCUGGAAACCCAGUGUUUGCUGAAAAGGUAAUGAACAUUCGUAAAGUUCUGAACCGGCUUGAUAAACCAGAAGGUCUUUACCCUAAUUACCUGAAUCCCAGUAGCGGUCAAUGGGGUCAACAUCACGUCUCUGUUGGAGGACUUGGAGAUAGCUUUUAUGAGUAUUUGCUCAAGGCAUGGCUGAUGUCAGACAAGACAGAUGAAGAAGGCAAGAAAAUGUAUUAUGAUGCUGUUCAGUCCAUAGAAACCCAUCUGAUCCGGAAAUCUAGUGGAGGUCUGACGUACAUUGCUGAGUGGAAGGGUGGCCUGCUUGAACAUAAAAUGGGACAUCUGACGUGUUUUGCUGGAGGCAUGUUUGCGCUGGGUGCAGAUGGGGCACCCAAUGAUAAAACUGGGCGUCAUAUUGAACUUGGUGCUGAAAUUGCUCGCACGUGUCAUGAGUCUUAUGAUCGUACAAGUAUGAAAUUGGGACCAGAAGCUUUCAGAUUCGAUGGAGGUGUAGAGGCCAUUGCUACAAGGCAAAAUGAGAAAUAUUAUAUCUUGCGACCUGAAGUUCUAGAGACCUACAUGUAUAUGUGGAGGUUCACUCAUGAUCCAAAAUACAGGCAGUGGGGAUGGGAAGCAGUAGAGGCAUUGGAACAACAUUGCAGAGUAGAUGGUGGCUAUUCUGGAAUUAGAGAUGUUUAUAGCAACCAUCAAAGCCAUGAUGAUGUGCAGCAGAGUUUCUUCCUUUCAGAGACCCUCAAGUACUUAUACUUACUGUUUUCUGACGAUGAUCUUCUUCCUUUUGAACAUUGGAUCUUCAACACUGAGGCUCACCCUCUACCAGUUCUUCACAGAGAUGAUGGGAAGAAGGAAGAAAAACACAAAUAAAACAAUGUUAAGUUAAUUUUUGUUUCAUUCCUUAGAAAUUUCUUUCCAAUAUUGGGCACACGAUGCAGUUUUACUUAAAUUCCUGAGUUUUAAGCCAACCUUUUUGCAGUCUGUUAUAUUUGCCAGUAAAGAUUUAUGAAUGGACCUAAAUUCAUUACAGCAAAACUUUUAAUCUUAUUUUUCCAGCUGAACCACUUUUUUUUUUAAGAAAUCUGACGUCUCUAGACUUCAUUAAGCUGCAGUGUCAUCUUUGCCAAAUAGAAGAGAGGGGUCUGCAUGUGACUUGUUUCCUAUUUCACUUUUGUUUUGACUGCAAAAUUCUUUCCUCCUCUGUGAGGAGAUGUCUGCUUUAAGCUGUAAUAUUUUGCCAUGUUGCAAAAAGCCAUAAAGAAUUAAGUAUAAAGAGCUUUUUUUGUUGUUCUAUGUUAAUUUUGUUUUGUCUGUCUGUCACCUGAGACAAAUCUUGUAACUGUGUGACAGCCUCUUCUUAUGCGGGUCUAUCAAUUGGUAAAAUAUCUUCUGAAGUUUUUAAUUAUCAGUGAGGUCUACAUAGGAAUAGUUUAAUCUGAUGCAGACACAAUUCUGUUUAAAACUGCAGUAUACUUUGAAUUGAACCUAAACAUUUUUACAAAUCCAUUACAUUAGUUGGACAGAUCCUAGUUUUUAUUAAAACUCACAUUUUUGUUUUUGUUUUGUUUAGAAUAUCACUGCAAACUGAAUUGUUUCUUCCAUUUUCUAGCUAGAGUUACUAUCACUUCUAUAAUCAGUUUGGUAAGAGCAAAAUAAACAAUUUGAAAAACUGGCAUUAUUGAAUUAUUAAAAAGGGAAUCAUAUCUUGUUUAUAGGUAUUUACGUAAUCUGUUAGCUUUUUCGUUUGACUGGAUGUGUGAGAUAAAUAAGAUGUUAUGAAAUCCUUUCUAAAGGCUACAAAUUAUUCUAAUCAGAGAAGGGGAGAUGAUUUUUUAAUCUGUUGUGAUCUUAUUUUUCAACAAUUCCAUUUGGUUUAGAUUGUAACCUAAGACAGUCAGGUGGAACAAAGUAGUAUAAAAAGAUUAUCAGAACAGGAGUUCUGAAUAGCUCAAAGGAAACUUGUCUUUAUUAAAAAAAAAAAAAAAAAAAGUAUUGUUUGCAUUGGAAGAUGGAAAUUGACCAGCAGAGAAUUAGUACAUUUUGGUAGCCCAGAACUCUUUCUUCCAAGGAUGACCAAAGUUAUAGAAAUAUAACCUGUUUAAAAGUAUUCUUCAGACAUAAGACCUUGAUUACCAAGAAAAGCUACUUUUAAUGGAGUCACCAAAGGGAAAAAUCAGGCACAAUUCCUUUUCUAUUGAGAUGCAUUUUGGAAUAGUUUAAAUGAAUAAUUCAUAUAGAUAUUAGGAACUUAACUUUUGCAGGCAGGGUGACUGUACUGUAUGUUCAGAGUAGGAUGUGACCACUGGCUUCCCAGCAUGCAAAAGCACACUAUUAGAUGAUGUGACUGCAAAGAAGCCAACAUGGUUCAGAACAGUAAUUCUCAAUUUUCUUUUAAAUAAGUGCAUAUGAUGACUCAAAUGUCCUGCUUAGUUAUUUAGGCACUAUGGUUCCACAACUGUAAUUAGGUAUAGAUCUUCUUUCACAAAAGAACAAGAACCCUUUUUUUCCCCUUAAUGCUGGAAGUGCUGCAACAUAGGGCUUUUUCCGGUAAAAAUUAGGAACAAAGGAAACUUAUUACCAUCAUGUCCUGCAUUUUGGAUAAAUCCAUAUCCCCUCCUCUGCAGAUGCAAAGGGCCAUUUACAGCCACACAUGUGUUGUUCCGCUGGUACAGAAAAGGGUGUAUAUCCCACGCAAUCUGCCUGGGUGGAGGCAAGGCUGGAGGAUCCACUAGUAGGCUAAUCCUCCCCCUUUGGGGUUUGGCGAGAACAUAAAGCCUUUGUAAGGCAAUGCAUCAUUAGGCUGAGCCUGCAGAGAGGACCUGCUGGGGGCUACACAACCUGGGUGUGGAGGGAGAUUCCUGUGCCACACACACACUUGCCCGGUGCCCUGCCUGGCUACUCUUAAUCAGUGCUCAGAUCAGGAUUUGAGCCUUCGUUAUCCAUAUGUGUAUUCAUUAAAAAAAAUAUCCGUGACAAGGUAUCCACAUUUUUAGGUGCCUUGUAUUCGAUAAUUUACCAUGCUCCAUUAAAAUGCACGGUAAAUCUCCCAUUGACUUCAGUGGGCCAGGAUUUGUAUCGUUUGAGGAUAUUAACUAUGUCAUCCUUUUCAUUAUGAGAUGCACCAAUAUAAUACAAGGUGGUUUUAAAAGGAAUACAAGUCCAUCUAAUUUUGGAGUACAACUAAUUUUUUCACUUCCUUCCACUCCAAAAAAAAAAAAAAAAAGCAAUAUUGAAUUUUUAUCCAGUUACUCCAUAAACAUCUUGUGCUGCCUGCUGUGUAAUUUUCGUGUGUGCGCUUCUGUGGGUCUCAUUUCUUUUAGUCAGAUGAUAAAACCAAUAAAAUCAGAAAAACCGUAUUUUGGAGACAUGUGUUUUGUAAACCUGGUUUUUACAUUUUCUUGAUCAGGGUCUUCUACACCCUUAGUGAUCUUGGGACAAAUUGCGGGAAAUUUAUUGUACAUACAAAUUUCCCUUACUCCCAGCAAAUAAAGGUAAAGAAUGCAAAAUGGUUGUAUAAGUUGGGUUAUAAGUGUUUAGAUAUUUAAAUUUCAUGUUGAUUUCCCUGGAAUACAGAAAUUUUGAAGAGUGUAAUUUUUUCUGGUUUGGGGGUUAUGAUUUGAAAGAGCACAAAGUUGAUACGUGAUUCUGUUGCUGACAACAUAUUUGGUAUUCAGGUGUACGAACUGCACUGUAUUGUACCUUUUGUAAACUAUGUAAGUAGACAAGAAGAUUGUACAACCUGUAGAGUUUGCCAACUGUAAGAAUACCCUAUUUUGUAAGUUCAGGAAUAUUGAUUUUUUUUAAAAAAAGAACCCCAAAACACCAAAGUGUGAAAUGUUCUAGUGAUCACCAUUUAAUCAGUCCGCUUUUACCAACAGUUACCACACAGCUAAAAUGGUAUUUUCCUAGUAUUUACAAUAUGAAAUUAACUCUGUGGAAACUGAUGAUUUAAAGGCCACUGUAUAUGUAAUUGAUAAUUCAGAUGGAAGAGAAACUGCUGAAUUUUGAAAAACUUUAAACAGUGUAUCAAAUAUCUUUGUGAAAACAUUGCCUAAACUCUCAUUCCUUUUCAGCAUAUAACAGUUCAGUUAAGUUUACAUGUUAAAUUCUAAAUGGUGAAUAAUUUAAAUGGCACUUAAAUUAAGUUGCAAAAACAACAGUUGUUUUGAUUGUUUGUGGAAUGAAUAUUGCAUAUGUUUGUUGUAUGACAGUUCUACAAUACCCAAUGACUCACUGUUUCUAUGGUGACUUCAUCAUAUGUAUUAUCCAUUUCUCUCCAUUAAAUUGUUUUUGAUUUGUAUAUAUUCCAUUUAGUCUUUUCCACCUUUAUAUAAAUCUCUGAUGUAAUGAGAGACAUAACAGAUCAAGAUGCUUAAUUUUUAAGAACUAUAUUUGUAAAAAUUUCUCUAUUGUGAAUAAAGUCUUUUAAUAUAUCUGUU